AUGAUAAGGUUAUUCAUUUUGAUACAACAAACUGUGGGGGAAGCAGCAAGCCGUGUGUUUACCCCCCGCCUCAAAGAAAGCUACUCAUAUGUUAUGUCCCAUUGAGGAUCUGAGAAGGGGGGAGUGAGAGAAGUGAGGGACUGGGAGUGUUGUGUGAAAAGAGUGCAGGCCAACGAGCGAGACAAAAGAGGCUGCGGCUGCAUUGAAUGUGCCGGUGGUGUGUCCGUCUCCGAAGCCACAAGCAAACCACAUUUCCCCCCUCUGGCCUUUAUGCUACAGACGGCGAAGGGAUAUCGGAAAGGGAAACCAAUUGCAAUAUUGUAAUUGCUGGAAGCGCGAAGUUGAGGACUUGGAAGAAAGCUCCCCUGGACCCGGGUGUUCCUCCUCUCCUCUCCCCGUCCUUACUACACGUCGAGUGCGGUGCGGUUUGGGGCUGGAGAUAUAACCCAGAACAAAGGAGUCUUGAAGCAAGGAAUGAGCGAGCCGAGACUAGCUUUGCCAUUACCUUUGAAACCGGGCCAAAUGCCUCUCUGAGACCAACAAUAGUACAUUGGCUGCUCGUAUUUCUCGACGAAGCUUUCCGCCCCAAAAGAGAGCAAGAAGAAGGACAAAAAAAGGCGCACGGAGACACACAAGUCGGCGGCUACAAUGUUUCCUCAAAACCGACCACCGGCACCUCUGCAGCCACCCCCGGGGUCCUCCGCCUCAGUGGUGGCAGCCGCAGCAGCAGCGGCGGCAGCGGCAUCGGGGACGCCCCAGUCAUUGAAACUAACCUAUCCAGAAACUUUGGACCGCAUCAAGGAGGAGUUUCAGUUCCUCCAGACCCAGUACCACAGUUUGAAAAUGGAAUGUGAGAAACUGGCUACAGAGAAGACUGAGAUCCAGAGACACUACGUGAUGUAUUACGAGAUGUCCUACGGCCUUAACAUUGAAAUGCACAAACAGACGGAGAUUGCCAAGCGGUUGAACGUGAUCUGUGCCCAGCUCAUCCCAUUCCUGUCACAGGAGCACCAACAACAGGUGGUCCAGGCCAUGGAGCGCGCCAAACAGGUGACCAUGGGGGAGCUAAAUGCUUCGAUAGGGGUACGUGGGCUCCCCCCUCUGCCUCAUAGCCAGCAGCUUCAGGCCCAGCACCUCUCCCAGCAUGCCCAGGGUUUGCCAAUGGGCCCACACCCAUCAGGACUGCCCCACCCCGGCUUGGCACUCAGCGGCGGAUCCGGUCUGCUGGCCCUGUCCGGGGCCCUGGGGGCCCAACUGGCUGCCAAGGAUGAGAGAGCACACCUAGAGGCAGCAGUCGCGGCUGCCGCUGCUGCAGAGCACCACAGAGACCGUGAAGCAGGACCAAGCUCUCUCUCCAAUGGGGAUAAGGGUCGCCAAGCAGACUACCUCAGCAACGGCAAGAAGAGGAAAGCUGAUGAGAAGGAGUUCAUGACCGACUAUGGCAGCGAUGCGGAUAAGAGUGAUGAUAAUUUGGUGGUGGAUGAGGACCCGUCGUCCCCCCGCAGCGUGCAGUCCUACUCAUCCAGGGAAAACGGCCUGGACAAGAUACCCCCGUCCCGUAAGGAGGGCCCCCCGCAGGCCAGCCCCACGUCCCUGGCCUCCUCCAGCAGCGCUGCCUCCCCGUCUCGUGGCAAAGAGCCCCCACAGAGGGAGAAGUCCAGUACUCCAGGUAUGAAGCCAGGGACCCCCAUGUCUCAAGAGUCCAACACUCCGGGACCCAGCGGACCUCCACAGUUCAGACCGGUCCUUGGCAAGCCUGGUGUCGACCUCGCUUUGGGUCUGAGAAACCCCUUGGCUGUGCAGGGAGCGUACCCUCCAGGGGCUUUCGGCCUGCCCCCUCCAGGGGUGAACGGGGACCUGCCUGGGGCGGCGGGCUAUGGCGCUGGCCUCCACUUGGUCUCCCCCCAGAUGAACGGAGCAGCAGCUGCGGCAGCAGCAGCUGCCGCAGGCUACGGACGGUCCCCUGUGGUGGGCUAUGAGUCUCCACACCCCCAUAUGAGGGUCCCUGGGCUGCCUGCCAGCCUGCAAUCAGCCACCUCUGGAAAACCCGCCUACUCCUUCCAUGUGAGCGCAGACGGCCAGAUGCAGCCGGUGCCCUUUCCCCCAGACGCCCUGCUUGGCCCCGGAAUCCCUCGCCAUGCCCGUCAGAUCCACACCCUGAGCCACGGCGAGGUGGUAUGCGCCGUCACCAUCAGCACCUCGACGCGCCACGUCUACACCGGAGGCAAGGGCUGCGUCAAGGUGUGGGACAUCAGCCAGCCUGGUAGCAAGAGCCCCAUGGCCCAGCUGGACUGUCUGAACAGGGAUAACUACAUCCGCUCCUGCAAGCUGCUCUCCGACGGGCGAACCUUGAUCGUCGGCGGGGAGGCCAGCACGCUGUCGAUCUGGGAUUUGGCCACGCCCACUCCUCGCAUCAAGGCGGAGCUGACGUCAUCUGCUCCCGCCUGCUACGCUCUGGCCAUCUCCCCUGACAACAAGGUCUGCUUCUCCUGCUGCAGCGACGGCAACAUCGUCGUCUGGGACCUUCACAACCAGACUCUGGUCAGGCAGUUCCAAGGCCACACAGACGGAGCGAGCUGCAUCGACAUCUCCAACGACGGCACCAAACUGUGGACGGGAGGGUUGGACAACACGGUCCGCUGCUGGGACCUACGAGAGGGACGGCAGCUCCAGCAACACGACUUCACCUCGCAGAUCUUCUCUCUGGGCUACUGUCCGACAGGCGAGUGGUUGGCUGUGGGAAUGGAGAGCAGUAACGUGGAAGUCCUGCACGUCUCCAAACCUGACAAGUACCAGCUGCACCUCCACGAGAGCUGCGUUCUUUCACUCAAGUUCGCCUACUGCGGUAAAUGGUUCGUGAGCACAGGCAAAGAUAACCUCCUGAAUGCCUGGCGGACACCUUAUGGAUCCAGCAUAUUCCAGUCUAAAGAGUCGUCGUCGGUGCUCAGCUGCGAUAUCUCCCCCGAUGACCAGUUCAUUGUCACUGGCUCCGGGGACAAGAAGGCCACAGUCUACGAAGUUAUCUACUGAACUCUGAUUGGCUGGGGGAUGGGAUGGGUGGGGGGAUGGCGAAUAAUCAGGGGGCGGGGCCAAGGCUCCCUCCUGCACCAAUGACUGUACAGAGCGUCGGUGGCAUGGAAAAGAAGAGACAUUCAAACUCCUACUUUGUUGUUUUGUUUACGUUUGUGAAAGAAAUGCGAGAGAAAGAUAAGCAAGGGGGCACAAAGUCACAUCUCUGGAAAAAAAACAAACUUUGAACAUUGUUUUUAAUGCUCUGAGAACGCUGGUUAGUCUGUAGCUGCGCAGUUGUGGAUUCCUCCAAAGAACUUAUGUUUUUGUUCCUUUUUUUCCUGUUUUUUAACAAAAUAAAACCUCUGUAGUGAACAAGAAAUUAGCAAAAAAAAAUAUUUUUUUAGACUUUGAAUUUUUCGCAGACAGUUGGACCGCAUCGAGUGGAAAAAGACAGACGUGGGACUGAGGAAGUGGGGGAAGGGUGUGGGUGGGUGGGGGAGCUGGAAACUCUUCAUGGGAAAAAAAUCGGUGCAUAUUCCAUGCUAUGUAAAAAGCCUGGGUCAGCCUGGGUCAGCUUGGCCCGGUUUGGCUUGGUCCGGUCCAGCUCAGUCCAGAGCACAUGGCUGCUCCCAAGGGGCAGCAGAUGCGUGGCAGAUGGCAGGAUGGUGUGCUGUGAAGUUCCAGCUGCUUUUUUUCCCCCCGUCCUGGUUAAAUUUCAGCAGCAACAUGAUUGUAUCAUCCCCAGCACACACAUGACAGAACAGGGCUCGGUUUUCCCUGAAGUGUCUCGAGAGUUUCUCUUUGUUCCUUUUUUUUAUUUGUCUUUUUUCUUUAUAAAAGAACAAAGACUUAUUUUGGGGAGACCAGGCUGGAAAAGAAAACCACGACCCCCGAGGACAGAAAACUGAAGUCUGUUCAAACAGCUCAAAACAGGUGGGCUACUCUCCAAGUUUCGGGGACGUGGUCUCUGCUACAUCAUCAUCAUCAUUGUCCAUAACACUCCACAUUAAGGUUUUUUUUUUCUAUUGUAUUUGUUAGGGCACAUAUAGGCAGACAGGUAUUUUCAGAACUGCAUCAUGAACCUUAAACCAUGCUAUAUAUGGACAUGUAAAUAAAGUUCUCUAAAGACAAACAAGGAUUGUUAUCUGUGACUUUGCUUUAAGAAAACUGAUUGGAGUCUGGGGCAGUCUGUGAUCUGCAGUGUAAUCUGUGUGUUUUGUUGUUUUUUUUUUUUUUUUGUCUUUCAUUAGCAUCUUCUCUUGCAAAAAACAGAUUGACAUGUUUGCUUAUGAGCUGAUGCAGGUGUGAACAGUAGAAAUGAAGUAGCUGAGAGAGAGAGAGAGAGUGUGUGUGAGUGUGUGUGUGUGUUACACACUACUGGCUGUCAAGAAGUGUUUUUCAACAGCAGAACCAAGUCAGGUUCUUGCCAGGUUUAACUUGGAUGUUUAAAACUGUGGGGGGGCGGGGGAAAUCAAAAGAAGCAUUUGUUGAAUAUUUGUUUAAACCAUAACAGCCAGAAAAGCUUGUGCUCACAGCGAGGUGCCAGGAAGCGUCUUAGAAAUAUUUAGAUGAAAAAUGAAGGAUGUGAAUGGUGAGUACACACUCUGCCUUCUCUCCCCUGUGAUGGAAGCAUUUCUCCCUCACUGAAAGAGCACAAAGCUUCUCUUCCAGUCAGCGUCUGCAUCCUCACACAUACGAGAAAUUGUCUCGGGAUUCAAACCUACAGCACGAGCACGUUCCCCCAGCUCCUCUGCGACUGGAGCUCUCGGUAAAUAAUGCAGCCGUACAGUUUGUUUUUGUGCUGAGCUGGCUCGUAGUGUGUUGAGACAAAGGUGAUGUGCAGCACAGUAGGCUGAGGGAUGGAUUAUUACAGCAAUAAUGCCCAAGAGGUAGUUCUUCAGUCAGUGAUUGUGUGUAGCGUUGACUGGCCUGUCAAGACAAAAAGCUUUUACUGUGAGAGUAAAAGUGAGGAAAAAAUGAGGCAAGCAUUUAUCUCCACAGUAAACGAUCAUUGGCAUACAGGCGGAUAAUAAAUGAUUUACCUUCAUUUGAUUUCUUUUAAUGGAAAAUUGAAACCACAGUUUUGACCUUUGUCCUUUCUAAAAUGCACAAUAGUGCUGUUAAUACCUAUAAUCACAGCACUGCUGUUAAACUGCUUCUAACUGGUUUGAACUGCCCUGAAUAAAGAAACCAAUCACUCACCUGCUCAGUGCUUUGCUUCACAUAGCUCUGCUGAAACUACCCGCUGGAUGAAGUAAUUUUACUCCCCGAUUAGCGCAAAGUAUUCUUUUCUUAAAAAUGUCAUAGCAGGUUUGUGUCAUUGGAACUUAUUUAUCACAUAAGAUGGGGCACAAUUUCGACAGAGCAAAAAUGUGCAGUGUAUGGAAAUUGCAGCUGCCAAUUAAGCAACGCAGCCUUUGAAGAUGUUUGGCAUGCCUGUUUCCUGUAAUUUAAAUUUAGGCCCCGCGUCUCAGCAUCUUUUUAAAAUUCUACACAUAUGGAAAUGUGUGUAAAUGAGCUCCAGUAUCUGUGCUUGAUUUGAUGUGCACAACUUAUCUAAAGAGACUAGAAACUCCAGGAAUCAAAAAUCGAGUUGGGGCAGAUGGAGCCCAGUAUUUAAUGAUUUCUGCUUUGUAUUGUCAGUGUGGAGCAGAAACAAUGAAUCACCAAUUUGCCUUUUUGUUAGUGUGAUGAGAUGGACCAUGUUCUGGGUGUGCUAAAAGUAUUGUUCAAUACUGGUGAAAGUCAAACUGCUGAGAGCUCUUGUAAAACUCCGUUUGUAAGUGUUCAGAAAGAAUAAUGGAUGAAAAAGUUGUGGCUUUCAAAUGGACAAAACUGCUUCUCAGUGUUUAGAGCAGUGGUUCUCAAACUGCAGGGAGGAUGUGGAUGAUCAGGGGGGAAAUAUGGAGUGGAACCAUAGACUGUAUAAAAGAAGUGGAUGAACAUGAUUUAUAUAGGGCAAUAAAAAUAACACUUUGCUGAUGCUA